AUGGACGUUGCCGAUCUCUCCCAGCGCAUGCGCCGUUUCUUGCACCUCGAGAGCAGACACUCCUUGGAAGCCUCCUACGAACCGCUGUCUGAUUCCUCUAUUCGCCUACUCACCAUCAAGCCGAGCGUGAAGCGUACAGACAAGAUUGUGUGCGAAUUGCGCACCGUCGCUUUUGACGAACAUGUCCGCUACCGCGCCCUCUCCUAUGUAUGGGGCGACCCUGAUGAGACAGGCCUUGCCGUCGUCAACGGCAAGUCGUGCAGGUUCACGUUGAACCUGAUCGAGGCUCUGCGCCAAUUGCGGGAAUCCAUGUACGACCACAAGACCCUGGAGGAGCUGCCCCUCUGGGCCGAUGCCGUGUGUAUCAACCAGGGAGACAACGACGACAAGUCAAGAGAGGUGCCGAAGAUGGGUCGAAUCUACGGAAAUGCAGCCGAAGUCAUCAUCUGGCUUGGCCCCAUGGCCGACCCUGACGAAGAGGAUCCGCCAGAAAAGGGCGACAGGCACAACGACGACGUCUUUGCUGAGCUGGUGCCGUACCUGCGGAGCGUCGCCCACGUCGAGGCCAUGACGGCUGACACUGUUGCUGCCAAGCCGUCGGAACACAUUAUGAAGGCCAAUCGCCGCCUCGUCAGGGACCACCUGUACUAUCACAACUGGUUCGACCGGACCUGGGUGAUACAGGAAGCCGUGCUCGCCCACGCGCAACCCCAGGUGCUCUUUGGCCGUCAUGUGUUUGGCAUGGGCGGCUUGGUGGCACUCUGGUUCCUACUGGACAUUGAGGAGAGUCCGUUCCACUGGGUCUGGGAGGACGUGUACCUGCGGUGGCAGAUGUAUGGGCGUGUCUGGUGGGCGCGACAGCAGCGCCAGCUUCGUUUGGCGGCGGCCAAGGCGGCAGCAACGGCAGAUACCGUCGAAUCGGCCGAGAGAAUCGUCGCGACAGAGUUGCUCGAUCUCUUCAUCGCGUUCGGCUCGCUCGAGGCCUCUCUGCCGGCCGAUAAGAUUUAUGCCCUUCUCGCCCUGAUUCCCUACAAAAGCCUGCCACCUCACCUGACGCCCAACUACGAUCUCCCCUUCAGGACCGUGUAUCACGACUACGCCCAGUUUGUGCUGCAGCACACCGGCACAUCAACAUCAUUGCCUACUUCCCCCCGCUAG